GAGUUCGCUUUCAACCCUCGGCUUCUCAUCAUUCGUCAUCGUAACCCUUUCCGAGACUCACUCUCACACUCACUACCGUCAACAUGUCAACCACCUCCACCCUCCGCCGGGCACUCUUAUACGGUAUGUUUCCCCCUCAUUCCACCGCCCUCUCUCUCACUCACCAACAACUCCCCAGUCCCCUCCUCCUCCCAAAAAUUCCUCUCCAAAUCCCUCCUCCUCCCCCACACAACAGACAACAUAACCUACGACCUCGAAGACUCCGUCACCCCCUCCCUCAAACCCACCGCCCGCACCAGCCUCCUAUCCCACCUCUCCUCCCUUCCCAAACCUCCCCCCAACAUCGGUGAACUCGCCGUCCGCAUAAACGCCAUCUCCACCCCCUACGCCCUCACCGACCUCACCACCCUCGCCCCCUUACCCUCCUCCACCCUCUCUACAAUCGUGAUCCCCAAAGUCAACUCCCCCUCCGACCUCACCUUCGUAAUCGACAUCCUCCGCCAAGUCUCCCCCCAAAAUGAACCACCAAAGAAGGUCAUCGCUCUGAUCGAGUCCGCCAAGGCGGUCAUGGACCUGAAGCAAAUCUGCGAGGCAGGAAAGGGGUGUCUUGACGGCUUGAUCUUUGCUGCCGAGGACUUUGCCUUGGAUCUGAGCUUGACUCGCACGCCGAGUCUUCGGGAGUUCUUGUACGCCAGGAGUGCGAUUGCUACCGCGGCGAGGGCGUUUGAGCUGAGUAGCACUAUUGAUUUGGUGUGCACAUCUUACAAGGGUGAGGAAGGGAAGGCGAGGUUGGAGGAGGAGUGCAGAGAUGGGAAGGAGAUAGGGUUUAACGGGAAGCGUAAGUUUGAUCCGUCCAGGAUUGUCCCAACUUUAAUGAACGGGAUACUGACAGGUGAACCAGAAUGUAUACAUCCCAGCCAGGUUGAGAUCGCGCAACGAAUGUUUGCGCCGGAUGAAAAAGAGGUCGAGUGGGCUGUCAGAGUAGUGAUUGCAGAUGAAAAGGCCCAGGCUGCUGGAAGAGGGGCGUGGACACUGGAUGAUAAGAUGAUUGAUGCUCCCGUGGUUGGGAAGGCUCAUUCCGUCGUCACCAAGGCCGAAAAAUGUGGCAUUGACGUAGAGGGACUGAGGAGGAAAUGGCAGGGUCAAGAACCAGAGUAA